UCAAAAAAUCUUCAUCCCUCCUACCUUCCAAAAAAAUGGCUUCCCUUUCUAUCAAAAAAUCUCUACUAACCAGCCUUCUUGCCUGCGUUCUCUUUGCCUCAGUGCUCGGAAAUGCAACGGCUCAGUCCGUAGCCAGCAUUGUUACGCCCCAGUUCUUUGAUGGCAUCAAGAACAAUGCUCCCGCAAAUUGUGCUGGGAAGAGCUUUUACAGCCGGGAUGCCUUCCUUAAGGCUCUCAGUUCCUUCCCUAACUUCGGAAAACGAGGCUCUGCUGAUGACAACAAGCGCGAGAUCGCUGCUUUCUUUGCCCAAGUCUCACAUGAGACCGGAUCUUUCUGUUACACUGAAGAGAUUGACAAGAGUAAUACCUACUGCCAAUCAAGUCCUGAGUACCCAUGUGCUCCGGGCAAGUCCUACCAUGGCCGAGGUCCGAUCCAGCUAACCGGGAAUGAGAACUACGGGAAAGCCGGGAAGGCUCUGGGCCUGAAUUUGCUGAACAACCCUGAAAUUGUGUCCACGGACCCCGUUGUGUCAUUUAAGACAGCAUUAUGGUAUUGGAUGACCGCAGUACGUCCUGUGCUGGGGCAAGGGUUCGGUGCAACGACUCGUGCUAUCAAUGGUCCAGUUGAAUGUAAUGGAAAAAAACCGAAUCUGGUUCAGGCCAGGGCUAAUCUCUACACCAACUACUGUCGCCAGCUUAACGUUUCUCCAGGACCCAAUCUCGUAUGUUAGGUUACCACAUAUCCAUGUACCAGAAAAUAGAAAUACUAUUUUCCUAGAAUAAUGUUUGAGAGGCUUGUUGUGAGGCCUGAAAUAAAAUGAGAUGUUUAAU